CAUAUAUUCACAGAUCUCUGUGAGUCUGUAGUUGUUACACACCGGUACCAGUUUAUGUCCAAGGAACAACUCAAGCUACGUCUUACCUGUUGGACUUCACCUAGCGUCCUUAAGAAAGACUUUGGGUAACUUGUGUGGUCACUACAAGUCACGUCUUAAGUACCUUUAUCUAGAUGAAAGGACAAUAGCCAGCUGUUUGACCCCUGUUCAUGCCGGUGCCUGGGGUGAACCUACGCGAAGACAACAUCUCGCCAUAUCAUCUCGGGAUGUCACCGCAAAGAGAUGUGUACUUCUAUACGGGUUUACAAUUGUACCGCGGACUUUUGAUGCUAUAAACGUCUACAAUAUUUAACUUGAAGACGGGACCUUCUUGAAGUAGCUGAAAUAUGGCCACGGAUCGUGAGGUAUCGGUUCGCAUUCCGAAAAGGGCGUAUGUACUUCUGGAAACAGCUGUUUUAGUGGAUACAGCGUUCAUCGCCGGAGUUCCUGUAUCCAUUGAGAUCCUGUACAAGGGCGAGCCUGCUGUACAAUACCGCAGCAUUGGGAACGGCAAGAUUCAACAUUUCUCCUUCACUCCGAAACGUCUGGGGGCUCACUUCGUCAACAUCCUGGUCAACGGAUACUCUUUAGGAGCCCCUGUCCUUAUCGACGUGAGAAGCCCGUACUACCCGGACGCUGCCCGGGUGAGGGUGUGUGGGCCGGGGUUGAAGAACGGAGACCUGGACACGUACAGGGGUAACAUCGUGUGUGAGACGGUAGAUGCAGGAACUGGUGUGCUCAUGGUCAACGUGCUAGGGCCUGCAGGAAAUGUGCCGGUUAUGACCACAGCUAUGGACGGCCCCAACUGUCCCGUGGCGGUGUCGUUCCAGCCGCAGUCCGCAGGCGACUACUUCAUCCACAUCAAGUGGACUGACGACCAUGUCCCGGGGAGUCCGUUUAAAGUCGAACUCACGGAAAGGAAGAAACCAGGACUGAUGUCGAAACUCUUCUCAAAAGCUCCAAACCAAGACGUUCAAGGUCCCGUGGCUGGUUUCCCGCCAAAGGAAGGCGAAGGAGAAGAGAGACCACCAGAAGGGCCUUCGUACGAGGAGAUCGACCACUGGGUUAACACUGGUCUGUGGUCACCGUCAAGUUCUGAUUCAAGUUCGUCAGGAAAGGAAAACAACCCGAUCUCUCCUGCUAUUCAGGCAGAACAAAAGGCUGAAGUGAGCGCCAACUUGAGGCGCCACCAAUCGUUCAUCACGAGGAAGUACAGGGCGAUUGUGAAACGAGAGUCCAAGAGGGAGCGUCGAGCACCCUUACAGCCCACCACAGAAGCUCCUGAGUCUGAUGAUAUGGCACCGAGUGGUUUAGAAGAGCCGAAACAUGUUGUCGGUGAGGUCAAAGGUCAGGCUGACCCAAAUAUGGCAUCCAAGAUGGCGACUGACAAGAAAGAAGACGGAAAGCCCCGGUUUAUAGCAGGUGUGCUGCGGAAGAGUUUGAGAGGAAACAGAAGUUCGUAUGACCUAAAUCACGAUGAAAGUAAGGUUGAAACAGGUCGAAGAAUGAGCUCUCAAGGGUUAGUCAGUGAUCCUAAAGAUACAGAAUUAAACCAGAGACUGAGCCAGUCACAACCUGAUGUUACUCCCAACAGGAACACAGAAGGAUUUGUAUUUCUGGGAAAGAAUUCGAAAGCAGAAGAAAUCGUCCCAACUUUAACUCCUCAAAUUGACACAAAAGUUGCUGAUGAAAAGUCAAAGAAGCGGCAGAAAGUAAGCUUUGUAGAAAAUGAGGAAAUGGUAAAAGAUCUUUCAAACAAAGAGGAGGCCUCAAAGUUAAAAGCUCAAGGAAAGGGUGUUAAGGCAGACAAUGAAAAGGGCAAAGCUAAGGUUAGUCUGGUCAGAGUGGAGAGCAUCAAAUGGUGA